AUGAGAGAUAUUGAGAGAGCUAACUCCGAUAUAAAGAAUAUGCAGUAUGAGAUCAAGAGAGUGCCUAAAAUGAAGGAAGUAGAGUUGAAUGGGAAGCUGAACAAUUUGAGGACAAUUGUGAAUGAGUUAGAGGAAAACCUGAAUGAAAAGAAGCGGAAGUUCAAGUAUGAAAUCAGACUAGACAAUGAAUUGGUUUAACUUAAGAAGAUUUAAGAAUUAGACCCAGCUAAUGUAGACUUAGAAGCUAUGGAAGAAAUUGGAAUAUAGUUACCAAAAGAGGAUAGCAUAGCAGUAGAGAAAUUCAAGGAGUCAUUAAAAACUUCCUUAACUAAGCACAUCAAGAUACCUUAAAUCUCAGGGGCUCAUGAUGGUCCUAUUAUUCCCUCGGGCAAGAAUGAGAAUGAAAUUGACUUGGAAAGGAAGCAAAAUUAGCCAAUGGCGAUUGACCUCACUCUUCAAACAUUGGAUAAUCCUUGCAGGAGACUUUUUGACAAUAUUUGGGUGUUUUGGCAGAGAUACAUCAAGGACAGAUUCACUUGUCCACUGAUGCUAAUAUUUGUGGCUUCAGUAGUCUUUGUCAUAAUUUGCGCUUUGAUGUCCUACAAAGAGCAGGAGGCAGCUACUACUGUUAAGAAACUGUUGUGA